AUGGCAUUACUUUCAAAUUAUAAAUUUUCAUCAAAUUAUAAUGAUGAUUUAACAAGAAUAAGAAGAAUAUUUCUUGCUGAAGAAGCUAACAAAGAAUACUGGAAUGAUUAUGAUAAUAAAAAAACUACAACUCCAUAUAACGGUCCAGUAACAGUUAAAUUGACGACUGAAGAUUAUGGUGAUCCUGAUAGCGUAUAA